UGUGCUUGACCAAAUUGUGGCUCACAGACUUCCAGGGACUUCAACAACCAGAUGGAACUUUCAUAGCCGUGCUGUUAACACAGUGUUUGAACACAAGGAUGACCUCAUCAAGUGUUUCCAAACUAUCAGAGACUCUGGUGACUUUGAUCCAAUCACUGUCAGAGAGGCAGGGGGCUUUGUGAGAAUGCUGGAGGAAGAAGAUUUCUGCUUUCUCCUGGCCUUGUUUCACAAGAUCCUGCCACAUGUGGACAUGCUGUUUAACCAGCUACAGAAGAGGAACAUCGACUCUGUCUACAUCACAGGAGUCAUCCAGACGUUCACCAACAGCAUGCAAAAGAUCAGGGACUCCAUUCCUUCUCUGAAUGAGGAAUACAGCGCAUCUGUGCAGCAGCACUCCACAAAGAGAAGGAGGAAAUUUGGACAGGGAGAACGACAGCAGUUGGCUUCAGAGGUAUGUGGUACCAUUCUGAGCCAUGCCAAAGAGCGGUUCUCAUUCACCAAGCACCUCAUCAGUGCCACUCUGCUACAUGGAGACUUGUUUGUGCAACACACUGCACAGUUCCCAGAUGCAGCACUGGAAACUACCGUUGAGGCCUACCCCAUGUUGAACAAAGCCAAGCUGAGAACAGAGCUAUCCCUCAUCUAUGAGAACGACGAGUUCAAGGCCUGCAGUGGUGCACUGACUCUAUUCCAGUUUUUCAUGGAGAACAACCUUCAGGGCACGUUCACUGAGACUGUAAGUCUUCUCAAGAUUCUCAUCACCACACCCAUGACAACAGCAGAAUCAGAAAGAUGCUUCUCUACUUUAAAGAGAAUCAAAACUUUCCUGAGGAACACCAUGACGCAGGAUCGCCUGAAUGCACUGGCCAUGCUCUCCAUGGAGAAAAAACUUGUCAGAAACAUUCCUGACUUCAAUAAAAGGGUCAUUGAGCUCUUUGCCACACAGAAGGACAGAAGGGCAAAAUUCCAGUACAAAUAAGACACACACACACA